AUGGGCCCGGCUCCACCUCCCAUCUUUCUUCCUGAGGUGCUCCUGCCUCCCCCAUUCGAAAUUUCUGCCCAGAUAGGGACGUAUCAUCUGUCGGACCUCCUCACACGGGUCACAGGUCCGGGAACACCGCAGGGCAACGACUCGAGUCGCCUUGCUGUGCCUGCUCCUGCCACCUCCCCUCCAAUUAACACCCCUGAGGCCCGGGACCUUCGACAUCAUGAUCAGGACCCUGGACCGGCACACAGACCCCCGCCCGCCUUGAUCCUCGCCCACGCCCACAAGCAAGUCACCUCAUCGAGGGCACAUCACCGUCACCUUCUCCACGUCCCCACAAUGAGACUCGCUAUACUGCGUGUGUAUGUGUGUGCGCGUGCGCGCUCUAGAAAGCAGACAGAGAGGGGUGGACGGGAUCGAAGCGCACAACCGCUCGUGUUUCCUUCUCAGGUACGUCGCAACGCCUACUCCCGUUUGUUUGGCCCGCCCAAAGUCAAAGUCUAUCGCGACUCUCGCCAGCGCCGUUGCAUUCGGUUCCUUCGCUCUACGUACUCGAUGCACCUUGCCUUCCGCUAUUGGUUACCCUUCAGCUCGUAG